AUGGCAAAACGCGACAGCUUGACAGUAUGGCUCCCGAAAGAAAUGUACGGCUCCGUAGAGCCUCUCGCCGACGAUAGAUUCAUAUGGUGCCCGAUGCCCUUCGACAACUCCUUACCAGUCGAACAAACAUCAUUCAUCGACAUGGGCGGAGACGACGAGGACAACGACAAUAAGGAACCCGCACGAAUUCCAGACGAUGACAGACCGAUGAUAGACUACGAGCUUCCCGCCCCGCCGCCCGCGGCCGUAUUAGCGGGGCCGUCGACGGACAUGUCAAUGUCGGAAACCGAAUCCGAAAGAGAGUUUCCGAUGAGACAGAUUAGUCAAAAUCUCGGCCGGGGACGGCGAAGGUCCCGGAAGACAAGACCCGUCCGGCAACAGCAGCACAAGCAUGCCGGGUCCGAGAGCCGAGGGUUUGCGGUACAUUUGGGGUUGAAUCUUGAUAUUGAGGUUACCCUCAAGGCGAGGAUAUUCGGAGACUUGGAAAUUAGCGCUUUCAACGUGCAAAACGUAUUUGAGCGUUUACGACGCGAGGAUAUACACACAGAACUCGCCAAGACUGGCGUCGCCGAAUCGGAUGAGCUUCUGUCAGACAGCAAGCAAUGCUGCAACACAGCCGGUCCGAUGCUGUGGGUUCUCGUACUCUCAGAACACACCAGCACGGAACGCGAUGGCCAAGUCCAAGGCAGCUCAGCUGUCAAUUGUUUCUUCAAGAAAGAAGAGGACAAGGAUCAUCGGAGGUGA